AUGAUUCUUCUUUCAUCUUCCCUUCUUCUCUCUUUCUACUUUCCUUCGCUUUUCUGGUUUCCUUUCCUUCUUUAUAUUUCUUCUUACUCUUCUUCAUUUUUUUCUUCUGGUUUCUUUUUCGCCUCCAAUUUUUCUCUCAUUUUCAUAUAUCUCCUUAUAUCUCCUUUUCAUUCCUUCCUUCUUUUUUUCUUUUGUCUGUUUCUUCUUGGUGUUUUUUUCUUUUUUUUCUUACUCAUGAUUCGUCUUAAUUUCCUACUUAAUCUUGUUUUUCUUUCUUUCUUUUCUUAUUCAGAUUUCUUCUCGUCAUAUGCAUAUACUUCUUCGUUUUUUGUUCUUUUCUUCUUCCUCGUGUGGAAUUUUAAAAUUCUUUCUUGCGUUUUGCCUUGUUUCACUUUUUUUCUUUUAUUUUUUGGGGGGCUCUUUAUGUUUCCUUUUUUUCCUUUCUUUCAUUUUAUUAAUUUCUUCUUUGUCUUUUUAAAAUUCUUUUUUUGUUUUUUAAUUUCUUCUAUCUUAUUCUCUGUGUUUUUUUUCUUCUCUUUUUUUCUUAUACUUUUUAUUUUUCUUUCAUAUUCCGGUUUGUUUUUUUUUUCUUUCGUAUUUCUUGUUUAUUCGUGUUUCGCUCUCUUCUUUCGUUUUAAUAUUUUUUCUUUUUUUCUGUUCUUUCUUCGUCUUUUGCUUCUUCUUCGUUCUUUUUAUAUUUCAUUUUUGUGA